AUGGCGUGGCAGAGCGACGAGGAGACGCCGAGUUUACGGAAGCGAAGUGUACGCAAGCUGAUGGACGCCCUGUUUCCGUACCCCUACGUCAAAGACUCGCGGAUACAAGACAUUGCCCUGUAUGCGGCGAGGCUGGAGAAGGAUCUGUACGACAAGGGAACCAGCAAGACGGACUUCCUGCAAGCCGUCGCCGAGCGCAUCUACCACAUCAAGAAGGAGCUGGACGACAAGAAGGCGAGGAGAGCGAACGGGCAGGAGCCGCACCCGCAAAUCAGUCAAAUACACCAGCAACAACAGCAGCAGCAACAACAGAUGCAGCAAAUACAGCAGCAACCAAACUCGCAGCAGGGACCAUCGAAUGGACAGGCGCCGUUGCAGAAUAUUGAAAACAACGCCAUGAUGCAGCCGGACAUCAAGCCGGUGAUACCUCCGCAACAACAGCAGCAAUACCAACAGCAGUUGCAACAACAACAACAGCAACAAGCGCAUCAACAGGCUCAACAAUAUUCCCAGCAGCAGCAGCCACAGCCCCAGCAAAAUAACUGGGCCCACCAGCCGAACGCCAGCACGUCGUACGGGCAAAUGGCUCCAUCGCACGGCCAGGAUUUGAAGCGGUCUUCUACCGGGUCUGAGACGUCUGAAGUGCCGAAUAAGCAGAUUAAAACCGAGCCGUUCGAUUCCGCUUCAACACCACCGGCCCUCGAAAAUGCCAGCAUCGACAUGAAGCCCGACUUGGCGAGCAUGAGUGAAAGCAAAGUGACGCCGCCCGCCCAACCAACCCCGGCGCAGAACAACAACACGCAACGACAACGCUCCGAGCCCCCACCCCCGCCAAAACCCUCGAAGCCGUCAGUAGAUGAACCACCGGGCGAGGACACGGUCCACGACGCCGAGUCGAUGAAGCGCCAUUUGAUGCCGGUGUUCACGAUUUGCUGGGAGAUGGAGGAGGCCGUGAUUUUCCACGAACCAGUGGAUCCGAUAAAGCUGGGGAUUCCGCAAUACGCCGACAUCAUCAAGCAGCCGAUGGACCUGUCGACGAUCAGGAACAAACUGAACCGGGGCGGAUACGCGAACCCCUGGCAAUUCUGUGAGGACAUGUGGCUGAUGUUCGACAACGCGUGGACGUUCAACAAGAAGGCUACGAAAGUUUAUAAGCAAACCACAAAGGUGCACGAAAUCUUCACGCUGGAGAUGAACGUGGCGAUGGAGAAGAUGGGGUAUUGUUGCUCGCAGCGGCUGACCUUCACCGAGUUGCCACUGUUCUGCUACGGCGCCGGGCAGUGCUUGAUCCUGUGGGAUCAGCCGUAUAUGUGCUACGAGCAGAACAGCUGCCAGUUCAACAUCCAGGUGUCGGAGAAGUACACUUACUGCUUGAAGUGCUUCGACUCGCUGGUGCCGCCGGAGGGAAUGGCUUUAACUGAUGAUCCGAAUGACCAGAAUCGGGUGAAAAAGGACGCCUUCCAACUGAUGAAAAACAACCAGCGUGAGUACGAGCCGAUGGAGGUGUGCAAGCUGUGCCACCGGAAAUGGCACAAAAUCUGCGCCAACUACCACAACAAGAUCUACACCGAGGGCUUCACCUGCGAGACGUGCCUGAAAGAGAAGGAGUUGACCAAGCAGGAGAACAAGUUCACCGCCAAGAAGCUACCGCACACCAAGUUGAGCCAGCACCUUGAGGACCGCGUAAACGGGUACGUCAAACGGACCACCGACGAAGAGCUCGAGGUGGUCAUUCGCGUGCUGUCGGUCCAAGAGAAGGAGGUGGAAGUGCGGAAGGAGAUACGGGACAAAUACAGCAUGCAAGGCUUCCCCGACAAGUUCCCCUACCGCUCGAAGGCCAUCUUCGCCUUCGAGGUGAUCGAUGGGGCGGAGGUGUGCUUCUUCGGCAUGCACGUCCAGGAGUAUGACAACAAGUGCGGCGGGAAUAAUCAGAGGCGCGUCUACAUCGCCUACCUCGACUCGGUCAACUUUUUCCAACCACGCACGAUGCGGACAGACGUGUACCACGAGAUUUUGUUGGGGUAUUUGGACUACGCAAAACAACUCGGCUACACCAUGGCGCAUCUCUGGGCUUGUCCACCCGGCGAAGGCGAUGACUACAUUUUCCACUGCCAUCCCCCGGACCAGAAGAUGCCCAAGCCGAAGCGAUUGCAGGACUGGUACCGCUGCAUGCUGACCAAGGGCAAAGAACAGGGCGUUGUCGUCGAAUUCAAGGACAUCUACAAGCAGGCCGUCGACGACGAUCUGCGCUGCCCGAUCGAGUUGCCGUAUUUUGAGGGCGACUUCUGGCCGGGCAUCAUCGAGGAGUGCAUCCGGGACGCGAAGGACGAGGAGACGAAGCGGUUACAGGGCGGCGAUGAUGAGGAUGACAUCGUGUCGAAGAGCCAUUCCAAGAAGAAGAGCACCAAGGCCUCGAAGAACAAGAAGAAGCCGGAGAAGACGAAGCAGUCCACCGGGGACCUGAUCACUGACAAGCUCUACACCCAGUUGGAGAAGCACAAGGACGUCUUCUUCACGAUACGGCUUGUCCCCGAGAAGGAGUUGCCCAAGGUGCACGCCAUCGACAUUGCCGACCCUGAUCGUCUACUGGCCAGCGAGCUGAUGGAGAACCGGGACAAUUUCUUGCAGCGAGCCCGCGAGGAUCACUGGGAGUUCAGCAGUCUGAGGAGAGCAAAAUACUCGACGCUGUGCAUGUGCCACGCGCUGCACAACGACCCCGGCCAGAAGGACGGCAUCGCCACGUGCAACCUGUGCAACGCGACGGCCAAGUGGCACUGCAAUACCUGCGAGGACUUCGACAUGUGCGACAAGUGCAAGGAGGCCAAGCCGCACAAGCACCCGUUGGAGAAGAUUGCCCAACUUGUCGAUGGUGGUACGAACGGCGAGAAGAAGGACAAGAACGGGCGUCUCCAAGCCUGCGCGAUGGCGCUGCAACACGCGUGCCAGUGCCGCGACGCCAACUGCAACGAGCGCAACUGCCAGAAGAUGAAGAAGGUCGUCCAGCACACAAAGACGUGCAAGAAGCGCAUGACCAGCGACUGCCAGUACUGCAAGCAGUUGAUCGCCCUGUGCUGCUACCACGCCAAGAAUUGCCACAAGGAGCAGUGCCCGAUCCCGUACUGCUCGGCCAUCCGGCACAAGCUGAACGAGCAGAAGCAGAGCCAGGUGCGCCGCUCGGAGAUGAUGAUGAGGCGGCGAAUGGAGGGUAUUCGAGGCAGGGACGCGCUUCAACACCAGCUCUCCCAAUCUCAGGGUUCCCCGACAGGGAUGGAGCAGAGUCCCGCGACGAAUGGCCCCGGCAGCAUCAACGCCUCGAAAAAUGGCGGUCCCGGCUCGGUGGGCCCCGGCUCGAACAAGUCGAUGCACCAGCAGCAGAUGAUGAGCUACGGCGCGCAACAACAAGCCCAACAACAGCAGCCCCAAUCUCAACACCUGCAGCAACACGGAGCCCAGAAGGGCGGCGCCGGCUCGUACAUGCCGAUGGCCCAGCUGCCCGCCCAGGGCCAGUACAACCCGAUGAUGGACCAGCAGAACCGGCAGAUGUAUGGAAUGCAACAACAGCAACAAGCGCAGCAGCAGAUGCACCAGCAACGACCGCAAGCAGUCGCCGCCCAGCCGCAACGACAAGUCGAUCCACGGGUGCAAGGCGUCGUUCGACAGUUCAACUCAUUGAAGGGUAAUCCUGAGGAGCGAGAACGGAUGCUCGGGGAGCUGAAGAAGCAGCCGCCGUUGUUCCAGGCUUUCAUAAAGGAAAUCCAAGCCCAGCGCGACCAACAACAACCUCCACCCCCGCCGUGGAUGCAGACGAGUGGCCAGAUGCCGAUGGGAGCUCAGGGGCAACGACCCCCAAUGGGACAGCACCCCGGCCAAUACCCGGCACAUAUGCAGCAACAUAUGCAACAGCAACAGCAGCAGUAUUACGGCCAACAACACCAACAACAACAGCUGCAGCAACAGCAAAAGCAGUGGCCCACUGGAAAA